UUUGUUGGGAAUCGCUAGAUUCAACAGCAAUGUAAGGGACUGUGCAUUUAUCCUUCCGGAGACCAGUGUAAUAUCCCCUAGGAGAUGGGCGGAAACCCUUCGCGAAUCCUAACGCGGCUCGUGUGGGUGUGAAUGGAUCAUCUUAAACUUCGGUGAAAGUAGGUGAAUAACUAGGUGUCUUCUGUUACACCUCGCGCACCUCUGUUAUCAAUCGGUGCCCGGAAAAAUGAUGGUUCAGACUGCUUGGAUAAGUGUUUUCCUACAGGUCAUCGCUUCCGUUUCGGGGGUACCGGAGGUCAUCAAUUUAGGGGGACUAUUUCAUUCUACCGAUGAAAUUCAAAAAGUUGCAUUCAAAUGUGCGACCGAGAUGGUUCAAAAGGAUUCACAUCUGCUGCCCAACACGACCAUCCUGACACAUAUGUUGGACGUACCGCGGUAUGACAGUUUCCAAGUCCAACUCAAAGUGUGCGAGCUGAUGGGAAAAGGUAUUUCGGCUGUUUUUGGACCACAGACAGGAUCUACGUCAUCAAUCGUGCAAUCCCUGUGUGACAACAAAGAAAUCCCUCACGUUCAAUCUCGAUGGGACUACUAUCAGCGACGCGGGUCCUGCCUAGUUAAUCUUUACCCCCAUCCAUCUGUGCUCCUCAAGGCGCUGUUUGAUGUCGUGGAGGCAUGGAACUGGAAGAGUUUCACAAUAAUUUACGAGAACAAUGACAGUAUUUUGAAAGUGAGUGAGCUGUUAAAGAUCCACGAUAGCAAGGGCUAUCCGGUCGUUCUCCGUCAACUGGACGCAGAUGACAAUCACAGACCCGUAUUGCGGCACGUUAAGGACUCGGGCGAGACUAACAUAGUGCUUGACUGUUCGGACGAGAAGCUUCAUGAAGUUCUGAAACAGGCCCAGCAAGUUGGACUCAUGGGCUCAGAGCACAGUUUUAUCGUUACAUCUCUCAAUCUACAUGCAAUGGAUCUGGAGCCUUUCCAGUACAGCGGAACCAACAUCACUGGAAUGCGGUUGUUCGACCCGGAUGAUCCCCAGGUUCAGAACGUGGUCAGAUAUUGGAUUGAUUCGGAGCUCAGCGAAGGCCGAAUUUUGGACAUGACCCCCGAGAAGCUCCCUGUAGAGGCAGCGUUGAUCCAUGACGCAGUUCUCCUCUUCGCCAAGGCGUUCGAACAUUUGAACAUGAGCGAGGAAUUGGCGAGCGCACCGCUCCAGUGCGAGGAGGCUUCCAGCUGGGACCAAGGAUACAGUGUUAUCAACUAUAUGAAAGUUAGCGAGUUGAAGGGGUUGACUGGGCAUAUCGUGUUCGACCACGAGGGGUUCCGGACGAACAUCCACCUGCAGCUGAUCGAGCUGACGGACGAGGGGCUGAAGCAGCUCGGGACGUGGAACACGAGCGAAGGUCUCCGCAUCAUCAAGGCCGAGGCAGAUGAAGACGCCUCCGCAGCAGCCCAGACCGAAGAUCUCCGCAACAUGACCUUCAUCGUCAUCACUGCUCUCACGCCUCCGUACGGAAUGCUGAAGGAGUCAAGCCACAAACUAGAGGGCAACGAUCGGUUCGAGGGCUACGGCAUCGAUUUGAUCCACGAGCUGAGCCUCAUGAGCGGUUUCAACUACACGUUCCGGAUCCAGGCCGACAAGAGCAGCGGGAACCCGGACCCGCGGACCGGUCGAUGGAGCGGUAUGAUCGGCGAAGUCCUCGAAGGGCGAGCAGAUUUGGCCAUCGCUGAUUUGACAAUCACACGUGAGCGAGAGAGUGCAGCUGAUUUUACGUUACCAUUCAUGAAUCUAGGAAUCAGUAUUCUAUACAAGAGUCCAACAAAAUUGGCACCAAGCUUGUUCUCUUUCCUUUCACCAUUCAGUAAUGAGGUUUGGAUUUACAUGAUAGCAGCAUACGUUGGCGUUUCUGUUUUACUUUUUAUCAUGGCCAGGAUCAGCCCUUACGAAUGGAAUAAUCCUUACCCUUGCAUCAAGGAUCCCGAGGAACUAGAAAAUCAAUUCAGUCUUUUGAACUCAUUCUGGUUUACUAUUGGCUCUCUUAUGCAACAAGGCUCUGAAAUCGCGCCAAUAGCUCCGUCAACGCGGAUGGUGGCUGGCAUCUGGUGGUUUUUCACGCUGAUCAUGGUUUCAUCCUACACUGCCAACUUAGCCGCUUUCUUGACCGUGGAAGACUUGUCAUUGCCCUUCAGAAAUGUGGAGGAGCUCGCCAAUCAAAAUACGAUAAAAUACGGUGCUAAAGCUGGUGGAUCAACGGCAAAUUUCUUCCGGGACUCAAACCACUCGACCUACCAGAGAAUGUGGCAGUAUAUGGAGGCAAAUCCAGAGGUCAUGACUAACUCGAACCAAGAGGGCGUGGACAGAGUCGUGAACGAGGACUACGCUUUCCUGAUGGAGUCAACCUCCAUCGAAUACGAGGUCGAGCGCAAAUGUCAACUGUCCCAAGUUGGAGGACUCCUCGAUAACAAGGGCUACGGAAUCGUCAUGAGGAAAAAUUCCUACUAUCGAAAUGUUUUGAGUUCCAACGUUUUGAGUCUGCAAGAAAAAGGGGUCUUGACGCAGCUGAAGAAAAAAUGGUGGAAAGAGAAGCGAGGCGGUGGAGCUUGUCAGUCCAAAGAUGGGGGAGAAGAAGAUGCCACGGACGAGGGCUUGGACCUGGACAACGUCGGUGGAGUGUUCGUCGUCUUGGUGGCUGGUGUCAUCGUCGGAGUCGUCCUUGCACUUGUCGAGAUGACGUGGCACUUAUGGAGAGUCUCCGUCAACGAACAUGUAUCAUUCAAGGAUGAGGUGAUCGCUGAGUUGAAGUUUGUGGCCAAAUUUCACGGAUCAACAAAACCGGUUCGCCGGGCCAUCAGAGGUAGCUCGCGAGCGUCCAGUGUCGAUCACCCAAAUUUUGAAAACGGCAACACUUAUCAACAUCAUUUUGCCUUGGAUGAUUCUAAACAGCCUCUCGAUUGAGGCCUCUCGCGUUUUGCAGCAAAGCCAGUGUUUGUAAUUAAUGAUGUUGAAAAUAAAAUAUGUUUGAUUUUUUUUAAUAA